GUUAACCAGUGUGAAAGUGGCUAUAAUAUUAGAGGCAUGAGAGGCAACACUGUUAUUCUAAUAUUGUUCCUCUGCUCGUUAUUUUCAUUUGUCCAGUGUGGCUUUCAUGGCACAAUAGCUGGUAGCUUUCUCACCCCUGACAACAUCCGUUAUGUUGCGACAACCUUGCACCCAACCGCUAAUAUAAAAUCGAGACUCAUUCAUUUUUCCGCUGGUGAUGACAAUGAUCUACUUCUUGAAUUCCCCCUAGGGCCCCAAGACCCAAGGAAUGCCUACACCAUAACCAUUGCCUUGGUGAAUUCUUACUAUAACAAAAAG